AUGAUCCGCCUUGCACUGACGGCGGCAGCGGCCUACCUGCUGGCCCCAAAGGUCACGGGCCGAAAGCUGACGCUGAGGAGGCCGAAGAGGACGCUCCCGAAGCGCGGCCCCGUCAACGGCCUCGUCGUGCGCGACCUCGAGGCCGGGGACUUCCACAAAGGGUUCCUGGACCUGCUGGCGCAGCUAACCGACGUGGGCCAAGUCACCGAAGAAACCUUCAAGAAGCGCUUGAAGGAGAUCAACCGCCGGCACGGCCACCACGUGUACGUCAUCGAGGACGUGGAGACGGGCCGGCUGGUGGCAACAGCAGCGGUGAUGACGGAGCAGAAGUUCAUCCACUCCUGCGGGCAGGUCGCGCACGUCGAGGACGUCGUGGUCGACGCGUCCGUGCGCGGGAAGGGCCUCGGGCGCCUCCUCGUCAACCGCUCCCUUGACAUUGCCAAGUUCGAAGGCUGCUACAAGCUCAUCCUGGACUGCAGCAACGACAACGUCGCGUUCUAUCAGAAGUGCGGCCUCGAGGCCAAGGAGCGUCAGAUGGUCAAGUACCUCUGA